AUGACGUCCCUCGCUCAAUUAUCACAAGGGAGCAUCUCACCUGAACUACUGGAGGAGAUUGCCAAAUAUGUCGUCCCAUCUGGGAUCGCUGAUUUUACGGCUUUAGCCAUCAUUGCUGGCGCAGGAGUCACCUUUCUAUCCCGAGGGAUACUCUGGGAUCGACCAGAUCCCUACCAUCAUCUCGCAUUUGAACGACCGCAGUUAAAGAAUGGUGGCCAGGUGGGAUCAAGCAAUAAAGAAACCAGAAACAUAGCCCAAAAGAUGCAGGAGACCAGCAAGCAAAUUGUGGUGUUCUGGGGAUCUCAGUCAGGCACAGCCGAGGGGUUUGCGCAUCGACUGGCUCGGGAGAUUGCCGUGCGCUGGGGCCAGGAAAGCAUGACAGCCGACUUGUCUGAUUAUGAUCCAGUCUCCAUCUCCGAAAUCCCGGACUCGAAGCUCGCGAUCUUCAUCGUUUCGACCUACGGCGAGGGUGACCCGAGCGACAACACCGCCGAUUUCUGGAGCUGGAUCACCAAGGCCGCGGACCUAUCCUUGUCCAACCUGCGAUAUGCCGCGUUUGGCCUCGGCAACUCAAAUUACAAAUUCUAUAAUCGAGUGAUUGACGUGAUAGUCGAAGGGCUGGAUAAAUUCGGAGCCCAGACUCUGAUACCAGUCGGCAGGGCAAACGAUGCAGAGGGCGCGACCGAGGAAGACUUCAUGGAGUGGAAGGAUCGUCUGUUCACUCUCUUCAAGACACAGCUAGGGUUCCAUGAGGUCGAAGCCAAGUACACUCCCAGCUUGAAAGUUGAAGAGGAUGAAUCAUUGGAGCCCAUUGACCUUCACCACGGCGAACCUAAUAGCACUGUCGAUGUGCCCAAGAACGCAGCCCCGUCUUCACCAGUGCGAACCUUGAGCAUCUCCCAUUCCAGGGAGCUCUUCACGGCCUCAGACCGAAAUUGUCUUCACUUGGACCUAGACCUGAGCAGCCAGCCUGAAUUGACCUACAAGACAGGCGACCACCUUGCUAUCUGGCCCGGAAACCCCGAUGCUGAAGUAGAGCGUCUUUUGCAGGUCCUCGACCUGGCUUCCCGGCGCGAUGUUCCCAUCAUCAUCAAGGCUUUGGAUUCUGCUACAAAGAUUACAAUUCCUACCCCGACGAGUACAGUGGCACUCUUCCGCUAUUACCUAGAAAUCUGCGCGCCUGUCAACCGCGACAACGUCCGAGAUCUUGCGCAGUUUGCCCCAACUCCCGAGGCAAAGGCGUAUCUUUCCAAACUAGGUCAGGAUAGAGAUUUCUACGCAAAUUUCAUCAACCACACCCAUCUCAACCUCGGUCGUCUACUGCAGCUGGCCUGCCCCGACAAGACCUGGACCGAUCUUCCGCUCGCGUACCUCGUGGAGACCCUGCCACAUCUUCGCCCUCGAUAUUAUUCCAUCUCAUCCAGCAGUGUAGUCUCUCCACGGAAACCCUCGAUUACCGCAAUUGCAUCGACGACUACCCUUUCCGAUAACUCUAAAGAGCUUGUCCACGGCGUGACUUCCAACUAUCUCUUGGCCAUCUCUCAACAGUCUCGUUCUCUUCCUCACCCCCACGGACUCACCUAUCAUCUCGAUGGCCCUAGCGAUAUGCUACAAGGUGGGAAAGUCUUCGCCCACAUCCGUCGCAGUAAAUUCAAGCUACCGGUCAUGAGUAAAACGCCACUGAUCAUGGUGGGUGCCGGCACCGGACUGGCUCCAUUCAGAGCAUUCCUUUCAGAGCGGUGUCAGGUCCAGAAAGUCGGAAAGGAGAUUGGCCAAAUGAUCCUCUUCUUUGGGUGCCGCAAUCCGGACGAGGAUUUUAUCUACCGUGAAGAGUUAGAGGAAAUGCAGAAGGCUUUCGGUGACAAACUGCACCUGGUGACUGCAUUCUCUAGACAACAGGGAUCUCCGCGACGAUAUGUCCAAGACCGUGUUGCGGAACUCGGGGAGGAGGUUGUGAGACUUAUUGACGAGGGUGGCAGUUUCUAUGUUUGUGGGCGAGCAGGCAUGGCUCGCGAAGUGGAGAAGGCUGUCGGUGCCACGAUGCAGAAGGCGAAGGGGUGGACGUCCGAUGAGGUGAAUGGAUGGAGCAAGGCCGUCAAGAAGAAGAACAAGUGGCAGGAGGAUGUUUGGGGCUGA